AUGAAGCUUUGUCAGUCCAUCAUGGACAUGGAUAUGCCAGACUAUGUCGACUCCUUGGACUCCUCUUAUACCAUGCUGGAAUUCGACAACCUCCGCGUGCUCCCCAGUAACACCGGGAGCUCUGACUGUGCCCGUUCUGUGCCCGCAGAGGCCAUCGCAGCCGAGUCAGCAAACACCAACUUGCUCCCCAACGGUGUCAGCUCCCUGUGCUCCAUCUGUGGGGACAGAGCCACUGGCAAGCACUACGGGGCCUCCAGCUGUGACGGCUGCAAAGGCUUCUUCAGGAGGAGCGUCCGCAAGAACCACGUCUACUCCUGCAGGUUCAACCGACAGUGUGUGAUAGACAAAGACAAGAGGAACCAGUGCAGGUACUGCAGGCUGAAGAAAUGCUUCAGAGCUGGCAUGAAGAAAGAAGCCGUGCAGAACGAGCGUGACAGGAUCAGCAUCCGCAGGAGCAGCUAUGAGGACAAUGGCUCUCUCUCCAUCAACAUCCUCACCCAGGCUGAGGCCAUGGCACAGCAGUAUUUACCCCUGAGCCCCGUGCACAGCGCAGACAUUGCCAUGAAGAAGAUUGCCACCAUCAACGACGUGUGUGAAUCCAUGAAACAGCAGCUCCUGGUGCUGGUGGAAUGGGCAAAAUACAUCCCAGCCUUCUGUGAGCUCCCCCUCGACGACCAGGUUGCCUUGCUCAGAGCCCACGCAGGGGAACAUCUCCUCCUCGGGGUAGCCAAGAGGUCCAUACCAUACACUGAUUUCCUGCUGUUAGGGAAUGAUUUCAUCAUCCCAAUGCACUGCCCAGAGCUGGAAAUCGCUCGUGUGGCCACCAGAAUCUUGGACGAGUUGGUGAAGCCCCUGCGGGACAUCCAGAUCGAUGACAACGAGUACGCCUGCCUGAAAGCCAUCAUCUUCUUUGACCCAGACUGCAGAGGGCUGAGCGAGCCGGGCAAGGUGAAGAACAUGCGCUUCCAGGUGCAGGUGAACCUGGAGGAUUACAUCAACGACCGCCAGUACGACUCGCGGGGCCGCUUCAGCGACAUCCUGCUGCUGCUGCCGCCCCUGCAGAGCAUCACCUGGCAGAUGAUCGAGCAGGUGCAGUUUGUGAAGCUCUUUGGAGUGGCCAGGAUCGACAGCUUGCUGCAGGAGAUGCUGCUGGGAGGAAACUCUGCUGAUCUCCAGUACCAGUCAGCACCUCCCAGCCUCAACCUGGAACCACUGCCAGGACAUGUCCUGCAAAGCAACAUGACCUCUGUGAUCCACACUGCUCCAGACCCCUCUCCUGAGACAUCCCUUCCAUCUCCUUCUGCCAGCACAGGCAGUGAAGACUAUAAGCUAGGCUCUAGCGCAGGGCCCAGCGCCGUGGUGCAGCUGCUGCCUCACACAGCGAUGCCCAAGCAGGAGAUUUGA